AUGGCCACCCUGAUUUUCUUCCCAGAAACAUCACAAUUUCGACAGGCGAUUACUGAUGCUCACCAUUACGCAUGCCCUUCACCUGAUGGUCAUGACAAACAACUGCCUGUAUUGAAUUUCAUUGGUACGGUUAAAUUACAUGGCGCCAAUACAGCUAUCGGAUAUCGGAAAAGUUCUGGCUACUGGUGCCAAUCACGAAAUCGCGUGAUCACACCAGAUAACGAUCAUGCUGAUUUUGCUCAACAUAUUUAUCCUUUCGCAGAUGAGUUUUUCAGCGCUCAUGUUCUUCCGCAUUGUCCCACUAUUCGUGAACAUUACCAGUAUGGCGACAGAAUCGUCAUUUAUGGUGAAUGGUGUGGUGGAGAUAUUCAACAAAAUAUAGCUAUUUGCGGCCUUCCGACCAUGUUUGUUAUCUUCAAAGUCAAAAUCGUCAAUCAAUCGGCGAAAACGAAAGCUAAAACCGAUACAAAUAAUCAAGAAACACAGAAUAAAGGUUCAAGAACGUAUUGGCUCAAUCCUAAAGAGUGGACAAAUAUAAAAUGGCAUGAACGUUCUAUUUAUAACAUUUUCGAUUUUCCAACUUACACAAUCGAAAUUGACUUCAACAACCCUGAAGUUUCACAGGAUACUCUGACAAAAAUUACUGAACAAGUCGAACAGCAAUGCCCAGUAGGUACUCAUUUUAAUCGAAUUGGUAUUGGUGAAGGUGUUGUAUGGACCGAAUGGACUAAUACAGGUGGUAAUCUUACUUUCAAAGUCAAAGGUCGAGAGCAUUUGGUCACUGAGGCUAAAGCACUGGUAUCUAUUAGAGUAAUCAAAUUGGCUAAUGUCGACGAAUUUAUUGCGUAUGCAUGCACAGAAAAUCGAAUGCGUCAAGCGCUUGACUACAUGCGCGAACAAGAUGUACCCAUAGAUAUGAAAACUUUAGAUAUAUUUCUCCGAUGGUUAGGUGAAGAUAUCUGCAAAGAAGAAAGAGACACUAUGAAUGCAUCGAACGUAAGUGCUAAGGAGGUGAUCCGAGUCAUGGCAAAAAAAGCCGAAACAUGGUUCAUGGAAAAAGUAACAGAAAACCGAAAAAGAUGCAGCAAGCAGAGAAGAACUGGCAAUAAGUAA